AUGCUCAACGCCAAGCAGCGCCGCAAGCUUCUGCGCGAGCAGCAGCAUGGCGAGCAGUUGAAUGCCAAGGAACGGCGGCGUCUGGCGCGACUAGCUAGGCAGAAAACUGAAGACCAGCGCCGACUUCUUAAGCGCCAAGCCAAGCGCAAGGCUGACGGAGUGGAAGAUAAGAAGCCCCCGCAGAAGAAACACAAGAAGAAAGAGACACAAGAUGAAGACGCUAUUAACCGCAAAAGUAUCCAUCUGACGCUGUUCGUGGGCCAACUACCGUACAAAGCCACCGAAGAAAUGGUGCGUAGCCACUUCUCGGAGGCCGGUGAGAUUAAACUGCGUAUGCUAACGGACAAGAAGACGAAAAGGUUCAAGGGUACGGCUUUUAUCGAGGUAAAGGACAGCAAGGCACUGGGAGCCGCGCUCUCUCGUCACCACACGCUGCUCCAAGGACGUCGCAUCAACGUCGAGUUGACAGCCAGCGGCGGCGGCAACAAGUCGGAGAACCGACGCAACAAGAUUGACUUGUUGCGGAAGAAACAGAGCAACGUGCAGGUGGAGAAGACCAAGGCGCUGAUCCAGAAACACAUUGACGGGAAGGAGUACAAACUUAAGCAGGAGGACGUGGACGACCGCAUGAUCGAUUUCUUGUCGUGGUUCGACUAUGAGACGGCCAAGAAGGCGCUUGAAGAGUACAACCGCUGCGUCAGUGACAAAGUGAAUAACCGUAAAGCCUUUUUUAUGGGCAUUCUCAAGCGAUUCCGACAGACGGACGGUGUUGAGUGAAGGCGGCAGUACAGUGUCCACGGUAAUUAGUCUGUGUGAAUAAAUAGUCACAGUUCGAAAUUAGUCACACCGUUCGAAUGUGAGACCAAUUACCGUGAGCAAG